GUUGAUACACUGGCAAGAAAUGGCAUGGACUUCACGAAAGGUCCACACUAAUCACCAUGACCAGAGCAGCCAAUCUUUGUUCUUUGUUAGAUGCCCACUGGACUUAAACUGAAGGGUCUGCGAUGAAAUGAAAAUACAAAGUCAAGAACAUACAUAAAUGUGGGAGAGGUACACGGGAUGAGGAGUCUGCAUGUACGCAUGUAAGAGAAUCUAAGAGAAUAAAAAAUGUCAGAUGAUAUCAGGAAAAGGUUUGAAUUUCCAAAUUCUCUUAUCCAGUCACAGGCUGUGGGUCAUCUUAUCGCUGCGGUCCUAAAGGAAAAUGGCUUUUCAGAAAAGAUCCACCAAUCCACAAAUCAGACUCCGGCUUUGAACUUGCUGUGGGAGAAGUGUUGCAGUGAUAAUGUGGUGGUUCGAACAGCCUGCUGUGAGGGUCUGGUGGCACUUGUUGUCCAGGAUCAUGCAGAGUUCAGCUAUGUGCUCAAUGGGAUUCUCAACCUGAUUCCAUCGACCAGGAACACACAUGGCUUGCUAAAAGCCGUUAUGAAGUUGUUACAAAUGCAAGCUCUAAAGGAAGGACAAGGUGGGGAGAAGAAUCUUCGGAAUUUAUAUACUAUUAGAAAUCCUCCUCAGCCUUUGAUCACUGUGCUUGAACACAGACCUGAUUGCUGGCCAGUACUUCUGCAGCAGCUGACGGCAUUUUUCCAGCAAUGUCCUGAAAGGUCAGAAGUUUCAUGUAUCCAAAUAAUGGCACCGUUUCUGUGGUAUCUGUAUUGCGAACCAUCCCAGUUACAAGAAUACUCUAAACUCCGCCUGACCCUGCGGAAAGUCUUACUUCAACCCCGGAUUCCUUGUGACCCAGAGCGGCCAUCAACAUUGGAACAACAGAUUCUUCAACUGUGUUGUGACAUGGGUCCAUGUCUGCAGGUAAAAGAUUUGAUCCAGACAACAGAAGUGAUGAUGUUUAUUGAAGAAGUAUAUUUAAGCCUUCUGCGUCAUCCCAUUUUCUGGAAAAUUCAGCUUACCCAGCUGACCCUUCAGCUCUUGUGUGUCUGUGAAGUCAGCUUACAAAUAACUGGAGAAUGUUCAUCUUUAAUUCACCUUUUAGAGCACAGUGUUGAACUUCUGAAGGAGGAUUUCCCUGUUGAACUGGUCAUCAUCGGAAUAGCUUUACUACUUCUACAAACUCCAGCAAGUCAGCAGAAGCCGAUCUUAAGUCUAGCUCUGAAGCUCCUCUCUUCUACUGAGGGUCAGAAAAUCCCAAAGUGCUCCUUGGUGCUGGUGAUGCCCCUUCUGCAGAUCCUGUCGUCCACGGCCUUGGAAGACUGUAUGUCCAUGGAUGAAGAAGGCCCCUCUAGGCAGCACUUGGCCCUAAACCUAUUGGAAAUAGUGCAGCAGGAAUCCUACAGAGAUGACCAUCAAAAGCUCUCCUACAAGCUUGCGUUCCCCAUAACCAGCAUGUAUGGAUCAAUAUUUACAGCCUGGAGGAUCCUCGAAGCAAUGAGAGAAAAGUCUGCUGCAAGUGACUGGUUGUUUUCCAUAGAGUCCUUGCUCCCUAUAACCACAGUAAUCCCUGUGCAUGUGUUUCUUCUGCUGGCUUACCUCCUUGUUGAAGAUCAAGGACAGAAUCUUCGCCAAAUACUGAAGGUCACUACAAAAUUAGCCCAAGCAGAUUCCUCUCAGGUACCAAAUCUGAUUCCAGUUUUGAUGUUCAAAUUGGGAAGACCACUGGAGCCUGUAUUAUAUAAUGAUAUCUUGUAUACUUUGCCAACACUUGGUGUUCACAAGGUGUGUAUAGGACAAAUUCUUCGAGUGAUCCAGCUCCUUGGAACUACUCCACAACUAAGAGCUGUCACUCUGCGCUUGUUGACAUCUUUGUGGGAAAAGCAGGAUCGUGUAUAUCCUGAACUGCAGCGUUUCAUGGCCAUGUCCGACGUGCCUUCGCUGUCUGUGGGCAAGGAAGUCCAGUGGGAAAAACUGAUCGCUAAAGCAGCAUCAAUCAGAGACAUAUGUAAGCAAAGGCCCUAUCAGCAUGGUGCAGAUAUGCUGGCAGCCAUUUCCCAGGUGUUGAAUGAGUGCACCAAACCUGAUCAAGCCACUCCGGCCGCCUUGGUGCUGCAAGGUCUUCAUGCCCUCUGCCAAGCUGAGGUUGUUUGUAUUCGCUCCACGUGGAACGCGCUGUCCCCAAAGCUCAGCUGUGACACGAGACCUCUCAUUUUGAAGACCCUCAGUGAACUCUUUUCUCUGGUUCCUUCUCUGACAGUCAAUACAGCUGAAUACGAGAAUUUUAAAGUCCAAGUCCUCAGCUUCCUCUGGACCCAUACUCAAAACAAGGAAUCAGUCGUAGCAAACGCUGCCUAUAAAUCUCUGUCACAUUUUAGUGCAGGAGAGCACACCAUUCUUCACCUGCCUGAAGAGAUAAGACCAGAAAUCCCUAUUCCUGAUGAGCUAGAUGAAGAUGAAGAUGAUGAGGGUGAUGAAAAGGAUCUGGAUCUUUCCAUUCCUGGCUCUUGCUAUCUCAAACUGUUGUCGCUUACUGCUCCUUCGGUUUUACCAGCUUUGGAGGAAUUUUUUACAUCUCUUGUGAAGCAAGAAAUGGUGAAUAUGCCCCGUGGAGUAUAUCACUCUGCAUUAAAAGGAGGUGUUCGCUCAGACCAAGGAAAGACUGUAGCAGGAAUCCCCAAUUUUAUAUUGAAAAUGUACGAAACAAAUAAGCAACCUGGUUUGAAACCCGGCCUUGCAGGUGCUAUGUUAUUUUGUUAUGAUAUUUCAACAUACCAAAGUAAAGAUGGCAAACCAUUGAGUCGACUGAUGGCCAGUAGAGGGCGAAGUUUCAAGCAGACCUCACUUGCUCUAGUGCAUGAGGUUCACAUCCAGCUUUCCGAGUGGCACCGUGCAAUUUUUCUGCCACAAGCCUGGCUUGCAUAUAUGAGUCGAGCUUACCAUGCCAUUUUACAGGGCAGAAUGGGAGAACUGGACUUGCAGUUGAAACAUGGGAAGGAAGGACCCGAGGAGGUGCAGAACAAAAAAGGCACAGCCUGGCUCUGGGUCCGAGACAUGUUGACUGACGAGAUCACCAAGGCGGCUGUAAAGGAGAGCCCAGUGGUCAAGGGCAACGCGCUGUUAGCCUUAAGCAGCCUCUCUGUGGUCGUAUCCAGACACGAAGCCAGCCUCUCCUCCGACUCUGAGGGGGUCCCGGAGGUUCAGCCUAAUUUCCUUCCAAUGAAAGAGUGGGUUUCCAUGGUGUCUGAUACUCUCCUGGUCAUCGUGGAUAGCCAUUACCAACCAAGAGGACAAAUUUUCUCCUCGUUUUAUUAUAAAUCCUAUUCUGGUGAAAACACAGCCAGUGCCAUUGCCCGCUCUGCUGCUGCCACAGCUUUGUCUCUCCUCGUGCAAGUUUUCAUUAUCUCUUGCAAAGAGAAGGUUGAGGAAAUCCUAAACAUGCUGACUGCCAGGUUACCUGGGAAACCGAGAGCCGAUGAGUCUCAAGCCGUGCAAAUCCACAUGGGCCUCGCUUUGGGGAUGUUUCUCUCUCGCUUGUGUGAGGAGAAACUCAGUGAUAUAUCUGGCCAACAGAUGAACCUUCUUCUGAUGAAGUCUUUGGAUGCCCUGGAAAAUUGCUGCUUUGAUGCUAGUCUUGAAUAUAACACGGGCUGUAUAUUGGGAGUUGGACUGGUUCUGUCCCUCAUGAGCCACAGCAGCCGAAUGGAGUCUCGAGUUCACGUGGCAGCAUCACUUCGGAAGCUCUCUACCUACCUAGAUGACAGUGGGAGCCAAAGCAGAACAUUUCAGGAGGUCCUUGCCUAUACCCUUAGCUGUGUAUGUACAUCAGCAUUCAGUGCCGGAAUCAUUGAGGCGACAGAGGCUGAGGAUAUCAUGAACAAACUUCAGCUGUUGGUAGAAAACAACCAACAGACUUCAGGUUUUGCCCUGGCGUUAGGAAACCUAGUUCAUGGAUUGUCCGUGUGUGGACACGGAAAAGCGGAGGACUUGGGCCACAGGCUGCUCCCUGCCUGGAUCCGAAUUGUUCUAACCGAGGGCACUCCGACAAUGCUCUGUCUGGCAGCGCUACAUGGCAUGGUGGCCUUGGUGGGCUCCGAGGGGGAUGUGAUGCAGUUGAAGUCCGAAGCCAUCCAGACCUCUCAUUUUCAAGCCAGACUUAAUGAAGUCAUUAAAACUGUAACUCAGGUCAUCAGUGUGUCUGGAGUGAUUGGUCUUCAGUCAAACGCUCUCUGGCUUCUGGGCCAUCUCCAUCUGUCUACUCUGUCCUCAAAUCAAAGUAGAACCUCCGUUCCUACCGACUAUAGCUAUUUGCCUGAGAGCAGUUUUAUUAGAGCAGCCAUUGGCUUCUUCAUUACAGGAGGAAAAAAAGGUCCUGAAUUUGUGCCUCCUUCCCUUCUCAAAGUCGUGAUGAAACCCAUCGCCACUGUUGGAGAAAGCUACCAGUAUCCCCCUGUGAGCUGGGCUGCACUCCUCUCGCCACUUAUGAGGCUAAACUUUGGAGAAGAGAUACAGCAACUCUGCCUUGAAAUUAUGGUGACACAGGCGCAAUCAUCCCAGAAUGCAGCCGCACUGUUGGGACUGUGGGUGACACCUCCACUGGUCCAUAGUCUAAGUUUGAGUAUCAAGAAAUACCUCCUGGUGUCUACACCUCUUUGGAUAAAACACGUCUCUGACGAACAGAUCGUGGGUUUUGUCGAAAACUUAAUGGUGGCGGUGUUUAAAGCAGCACCUGCCCCUCCCAGUCCUGAGUUAUGCGCGGGUGCCCUGCAGGGCCUGAGUCAGGCCAUGAGGCUGCCCAGCCCUGCCCACCACCUCUGGAGUCUGCUCUGUGAAGCUACCGGGAAGAUUUUUGACCUUCUGCCAAAUAAGAUUCGGAGAAAUGAUCUAGAGCUGUAUAUCGGUGUAGCAAAAUGCCUCUCAGAAAUGACAGAUGAUGAAGCCAAUCGAGUUGCCCAGAUGACUGAGAGCAGCAUAGAAAAGGCUGCCUUUGUCCGACUGUACUUGGUCUCUCAAGGACGAUUCCCCCUGAUGGGCUUGACGGAUGUACUCGGCGUUGCUGCCCAGCACCGUGACAAAGACGUCCUAGCUUGGAUGACACUGCACAGCUUGUACCAGGCGCGGAUUGUGAGCCAUGCCAACACCGGCGUGUUGAAGAGAAUGGAAUGGCUCUUGGAACUGAUGGGUUAUAUCAGAAAUAUUGCAUACCAGUCUACCUCUAUUCACAGCGUGGCUCUUGACAAGGCCUUGGACUUUUCGUUGCUGAUAUUUGCAACUGCAGUGGUUGCUUGGGCAGACCAUGCAGCCCCUCUCCUCCUCGGCCUCAGUGCCAGUUGGUUGCCAUGGCAUCAGGAAAAUGGCCCGGCUGGGUCAGCUUCAAGCUUCCUUGGCAGGAGUCCAAUGCACAGGGUCACUCUACAGGAGGUUCUCACUCUCCUUCCCGGUAGCAUGCCUGUUCUGCUGCAAAAGGAGCCAUGGAAGGAACAGACCCAGAAGUUCAUUGACUGGCUCUUCAGCAUCAUGGAAAGCCCUAAAGAAGGCCUCUCAGCAAAAUCCAGGGAUCUGUUGAAAGCCACCCUGCUGUCCUUGAGAGUUCUCCCAGAGUUUAAGAAGAAAGCUGUAUGGACCAGAGCAUACGGUUGGUGAAGUUCUGUGGUAGCCGGCAACAUCCUCGGAUGGAUGAGGAAAACCAUAGACAUGGAAGAAGUUUUUCAGAAUUCGUGUUUGGGAUCGCUGAGCCUUGAUGCAGAGAGUUAAGGGUCAUGAGAAAGUGAAGACAUAACUGACAGCUUGUCACACGGGUACCAGGAGAAGGGGGCCUUGCUUCGGUACCCAGGCCAGUUGAGACUCAAACAAGAACUUGAAUUUUCCUUUAUUUGGCAGGGGUUCAAUCUGAAGAUUUUCUUUGCGAAAAUUUGACGACACUAUCUUCUCCCCCAUAAAUUCUAGUAAAAUAAUCUUGUGAA